GAAUGACCGGGAGAUCGUCCGCAAAUCAAAGAGACUCGUCGAGUAAGCGACGAAUUCUCGGAUCGCCGUUCAAGUCACCUGAAAAUGUGAAUAAUAAGUCAUCAGGCCAAUCGCUAUUUGCAAGUAAUGUUGAUAAAAAGGGCGAUGCAUUGAGUCCAACUCCAAAUAGAUUAAAGCAAAACGAUCGCGGGGUGAACCUCGACCAUCCCAUCAAAGAAGAAAGCUCGAGUGACGAGAUUGACCAACCCAAUGAGUUGAUAAGUAACAGUGAUAUAACUUGUCCAAUAUGUAAUGAAAAUAUGAUAACUUUGAACCAAUUGAAUCAACAUAUAGAUGACGUUCACUCAUUUGAAGAUAAUGACAAAGAAGAUUCCAAAUUAACAUUACCAAGAUUGAUAAAUAGUGAUUCCAUUGGUAAAGAUUUGAAAAAUUGGCUUACUGGUAAAACUAAUAAUGAAAAUGUACCUGAUAUAACUAUAAAUUCUCCACUGAAGAAAACGAUUAACUUGGAUCUAUUAGAUGAUAAUAAAGGCUUUACUUUUAGAGAUAAUAUAUCAAAUGAAGAACUCGGCGGUAAAGAUAUAAAGAUCGAUGAUUCAAAAAUUAAUAGAAGCCAUUGGAAACAACCGUCACAAUCUUCAACAAAUCGAUGUUCUCAAUGUAACAAAGUUUUAAAUGUUAAAAAUGGAAUGGUUAACUGUCGAAAAUGUGGUGACUUAUUUUGUAAUCAACAUACCCAUUAUAAAAUCAGAUUAAGAAAUUCAACUACUGCUAAAAAGUUACCGCUUUAUGAAGCUUCCAGUAAAGGAGUUUGGAGUAGAUGCUGUGAAAACUGCUAUUUUAAUAAACCAGAUUUAUUUGAAGGUACCUCAAUAAAAUAUAAUGACCUAACAAGACAAUUUAAAAAGAAAAGACAAGAAUCUUUUGAUGAACAACAGAUUAAUAGAAUUAAAUUACAGAAAAAAUUUAUCAAGCUAGUUAAUUUAAUGGCUGAUAAUUACCUUUGGAAAAUUAAUAAUCAAUCCGAUACAUUAAUAAGUUUCAAUAUGUUAUCUAUUUUCAAUGUUUCUAAUCAGGAAAAAUAUAAUAAAGAAAUAUUACUACAAGAGCAAAUUUCAAUAGUUGGCGAAGAUAAUUGGAGUAGUGAUGAAGUGCAUCUGAAUUGCUCAAUUUGUUUUACAAAAUUUAAUUUUAUUAUAAGAAAACAUCAUUGCAGAUUAUGUGGACAAAUAGUUUGUGAUGAUUCGUUUGGUGAACGCAAAAAUUGUUCAAUAAUAGUUCCAAUCAAUAAAUUGCUUGAUAAAUUAUCAAACUUAAAUUACUCCUUGCAAGUUAGAGAAAAUUGGCAUCAACUAAUGGAAAUCAAUGAGAAUUUCGUCAAAGAUUUUUCUAUUAGAUGUUGUAAAAAUUGUAAAGAUGGAAUAUUAUUUGAUUGGAGAUUAUCUAGUUUGAACGAUUAUAGUGAUGAUCAAAAACCAAUUUUUAAAAAAUAUGAUGAACUACUAAUGAUUAAAAACAAUAUUAACCAAGUCACUUCAAAAUACAAACAAUUGAUUGAAGAUGAUGAAAGUGAUUUAAAUGAAAUUAAUAAGCUAAGAAACAAACUCAUGGGGUUCAUAAAAGAUUUGGAAGAUUCAGUUAACAGGUUUAAAUAUUGCUUUUUCAAUAAAAACAUCCAAACUGGAACUUUUUCCGUUAAUGAAGAAUAUCAUACUUAUUCUCCUUUGAUUAAUAACAUUCAUAAUGGGUUUUUAAUCUACUUACAAGAACACCUUUUACAUUAUAAAGAAUUAAACCAAUUGUUUAAAGAACGAGAAAAUCGCAUAUUACAACAAGCAAAACUUAACCGAUCCAUAUCACCAAAUAAUCUUGACGUUCAAUCCCCAACUCCUAAGUCCCCAACUCCUAAGUCCCCAACUCCAACACCAGCUUCUCCACCACCGCCCCAAGCCCAACUUACCAAAAAACAAAUCAGAGAACUAAGAGAGCAAUUGAUGGUGAUGAAUGAACAAAAAUUCAUAAUUGGUAAUAUGAUCUCAGAUACUAAAAAGCAACGAAAAUUCGAUGAGUUGACUCCUUUGAUCGAAAAUGAUAAAGAACUUUCCAAAACAAUCGAAUCCUUAGAAAUUCAGUUAGGUGAUUACGGGUUCUAAUCACCUUUUCUUAUCAAGCUUGUUGCAGUU